GAAUCCGGAAAUAAGUUCAAAGCAAAACGUAAAAUCAAAAAUCAAAAUUAAAAACAAAUUAAAAACAGAAUCAACGGUUUAGAUUCGUUUUCGUUUUCAGACAAAAAUGUCGUGGCAAACGUAUGUCGAUGACCACCUUAUGUGCGACGUCGGCGACGGCAAUACACUCGCUUCCGCCGCCAUCAUCGGCCACGAUGGCAGCGUUUGGGCUCAGAGCGCUAACUUCCCUCAGUUGAAGCCAGAAGAGGUUACUGGAAUCAUGAAUGAUUUUAAUGAAGCUGGAUUUCUUGCCCCAACCGGGUUGUUCCUUGGAGGUACAAAGUAUAUGGUGAUCCAAGGGGAGGCUGGAGCCGUGAUUCGUGGGAAGAAGGGUUCUGGAGGUGCCACUUUGAAGAAAACUGGGCAAGCAAUUGUUAUUGGCAUUUACGACGAGCCAAUGACCCCAGGACAAUGCAAUUUGGUAGUAGAGAGGUUGGGGGAUUACCUCAUCGAUCAAGGCCUGUAGGCGCCAUUGUCAUGUUAGCGUAAUGGUUGUGAAAUGCUUGAUUUCUGGUUUGAGCUGGCCAUAAACUGGCAUUACUGAUUUUGAUGGAAAUAAUGAUUGUGAGAACAUAAACCAUUUUUUCUCGUUGAUUGUAGGUUCAUGUUUUCUUUUUUUUACUUGUGAUUCCUUCUAUGUUUCCAUCAUUUAUAUGUAUUCAUACAACCCUCUUGUUAUGCUUGAAUUAAAAGUUUGCCAUGUUUUUGAUUCUA